AUGCAUCCCAUCAUGUCGCUGCUGUCUGCCAGAAGUCCUGGAGAUGUAGACAUUGAUCGGAGUGUGCAACAAUGGAACUUUGCAUGCCAGUCAUUAUGUAUUGCUGGCAUGGUUCUUUUCUUCGGACUUCGCCUUUAUACUCGAGUUUUCAUUUUGAGUGGAUUGGGUAAAGAGGAUUGGGCAUGUUUGGUAGCGACGGUGCUUGGAGUCACCUACUCCGUCAUCGCUUUAAUCAUGGGUCAUUAUGGAGGAGGUUUACACUGGUCUGAUGUUGCCGAAGAAGACAAGAUACCAUUCCAAAAGGUGAGCAAGACUCCUAAGUUGCGAUGGACAAGUCUCCUAACCUCUCAGACAAUCUAUGCCACCAUGGUCAUGUACGGACCGACAGCCUACCUCACAAAAGUCUGCCUUCUUUGGAUCAUGACACGAGUAUUCAGUCCUUUCCGGAAGUGUGUUAUUUUUAUCAGGAUUUUCAUGGGUCUCAUGCUGGCGUAUUACAUUCCCGCCGUCAUUGUCAAAGUCCGAAUCUGCAGCCCUAUCUCCAUGUUCUGGAACAAGGAUAUCGGUGGCUCGUGUCUCGACGAGAACGCUAUCAUCAUGGCUGAUGCUGUGGUCAGUGUGGUCAGUGAUUUGAUCAUCCUGAUUCUACCACUGCCAUUGACCUUGACUCUGCAAAUGUCAACCAAGAGAAAGAUGCGCGUCAUGGGUAUCUUGGGUGCCGGUGGCUUGGCCGUUGCAGCAAGUAUCAUCCGUUUGGCAUUGAUUGUUGUUACCGGGCAGUCAAAGGAUCUUUCCCUUGCAUUCAUGAGAAUCAACAUGCUGGGUAAUGCGGAGGUCGCCAUUGGUGUCAUUUGCACAUGUCUCCCGGCACUCUCUGCACUCAUCAUCCGAAUCUAUACCGAAUACUCGAGCAACAAAGUCACGUCCAACUACAAAAUGAGUACUAUGCGAGAUCAAACAGCGAUCGAACGAAGCCGACAACAGAUGAGCGUGCGACAGACACAGACGGACUCCGACGAGGAUGUACUCAUGUACAAUGCACAAGGAAACCCGAAGAUUGAGACAAUCAUUCACGGUGACAGCGUGGGACGUGAAGAAUCACCAAGGAUGAUGUUUGGCGGCAUUGGAGUCACGAGGACCGUCGACGUAUCAACCUCUGUUGAGACUCGAUGA